AACCUCCCUGGCCCCCUCCCCAGCCGCCACCUUCCCCCUUCCCUUUGCCUUUAUACUCGUCGAAGGAACUGAACUCCCUACCUCCGUCCUGCCUCGAGCAAUCCCCCUCUCUCUCCUUGUGGUCUCCGGGUUCCCGUCUCAGAUUCCCAGGUUCGAUCUUGAUCCCCAGCUAUCCCCACCUGCCUCUGCCGUCCUCGAAUCCUUCGUCGCAGAGGCGCCGCUUUUACCUCUUCUUGCCGCGAUUUGAGAAGAAGACUUUAUUGAUCCGAGCAAGUCUUCUUGGGCGGGAAGAAAGGCGGGCAGGUGCAUGCGGGUACUGCGAGGGGAAUUUUUGUCAGAUAAGGAGCUGCCGCCAUCGGGAGGGGCGGCAGGGCCACCAGUGCGUCCUAUUCCGCUGCAGACCGGAAAUUUCUGUUGCAGCCGAGCUGCCGGCGGCGGCUGUGGCGGCAGGUCUUGCCGCCGCCCACUGUGGUGGUAGGUGCCACUUGUCGGCUGCCAGGUCUGCCGCCACGCCGUAAAUGGUCUUUUUUGUCAGUACGGAUCGCAGAUGGUUCUUUCUGUCAAUAUGAAAGCGAGCCAUGAUACCUGCUGUGAAGCUCUCUCCGGCCGCCUUCUCUGUCACCAAUCAACGGUCUAAAUCAGCUUUUGUUCCGUCGGUGUCCAUUCUCAACAUGAAAAAAUUUGCGUCCUGCUCCCUUAGACCACUCUACCUCACAUGGCUAGAUGACCCACACACUUCCGAGCUGAAGCCUCGGAGGCAGCUGCUUGACUUCCGGUGUGCAGCUUCAGCGGCUGAUGACAAGGAGUCAAAGGCUGAGGUGUUGCCAGCCAGCUCAGAAGCAGCACAAAAGUUGAAGAUUUCAAUCUAUUUUGCGACUUGGUGGGCGCUUAAUGUAAUCUUUAACAUCUAUAACAAGAAGGUUCUCAAUGCUUUCCCGUAUCCCUGGCUCACCUCCACACUAUCCCUCGCCUGCGGCUCAGCGAUGAUGCUCUUCUCAUGGGUCACCUGCCUAGUUGAGGCCCCCAAGACUGACUUGGAUUUCUGGAAAGCACUUUUCCCGGUUGCUGUGGCUCAUACAAUUGGACAUGUUGCUGCCACAGUGAGCAUGUCAAAGGUGGCAGUGUCAUUCACACACAUUAUCAAGAGUGCUGAGCCUGCAUUCAGUGUUUUGGUGUCAAGGUUCAUUCUCGGAGAGUCAUUUCCGAUGCCUGUAUAUCUUUCUCUUCUCCCGAUCAUUGGUGGUUGUGGUCUAGCUGCUGCGACAGAGCUGAACUUUAAUAUGAUUGGAUUUAUGGGUGCCAUGAUAUCGAACCUUGCAUUUGUUUUCCGCAACAUCUUUUCGAAGCGGGGCAUGAAAGGGAAGUCUGUCAGUGGCAUGAAUUACUACGCUUGCCUUUCAAUUAUGUCCCUGGUCAUACUCACACCAUUUGCUAUUGCUAUGGAAGGCCCCCAAAUGUGGGCCACUGGAUGGCAAAAGGCUCUUGCAGAUGUUGGCCCCAACGUUCUCUGGUGGAUUGGUGCACAGAGCGUUUUCUACCACUUGUAUAACCAGGUGUCCUACAUGUCUUUGGACCAGAUUUCUCCAUUGACGUUUAGCAUUGGCAAUACAAUGAAGCGCAUAUCAGUUAUUGUUUCGUCAAUCAUUAUCUUCCGUACACCUGUCCGCCCUGUAAAUGCACUAGGAGCUGCCAUUGCCAUCUUUGGCACAUUCCUGUACUCUCAGGCAAAGCAGUGAGGUUUAUUCUAUUGUUGAAGGUCAGGUUCAUGGACGAAGAAUGUCUGCAGAAAUAGUACCAAGCACUGGGGCAAAUUUUGCUUGUGCAAGUGUCUUGUAGAUACAGGUUUAGGUUUUCAUGCGAGAGGCGAUAAUAAUAAUGGACCAUGUUGCUGUUUCCUUGUUAUUUGUUAAAUCACAAACUGAACUCCUGUGGCCAUGAACUGUCGUUGUAUCCUGAAAUAAGAACUGCAUGGAAAUUCGUCUGGCA